UGCCAGGCGUAUCAGCUCUGGCGUUUCUGGGUUGACAGAAUCGGUUCCUAGCGUGCUGGGCGACAUUCUUUCACAACUUGCCACUAAUAGCAAGCCUCUAAUUGCUGUUGCCGAAGUUCGCCUCGAAGUGACCCCAGAUGAAACCACAAAAGGCGGAAAUUCCAUAGAAAUACUUGAUGUUGCUGAGCCAACUACAAAGCCAAUGGCCGAGCGUUUAGAAAAAGGGAAUGUAUAUCUUGCGAAGGACUUUGAUGUGACUAUAGGCACGGAGGCAACAAACGGAGUCCUUACGCUUUCCGGGACACCUGGUCGUGCACGUGGUCGUCCGAAGCGGACGAAGACGCCUCGAGGAAAAAGACGCGUACAACCAGACUUGAUCAGAUCCGAAGCUAAUACAAUAUCUGAUACUGACAUAAAAUUACCUGAAACAUCUGCGGUAAUGUGGGAAAGAUUCGACCCUGAGUCAUCGGAGCUAUCUGUGAAAAAAGCUGCCGAAACAAUGCAUAGAUCUGGUGUACCUAGCACCGGCACUCAUUUACGAUGCACCAAAUUAGCUGGACGAAAAGUUGCAAUACCCUCUCCAUCUUGUCCUUCAUACAUCGAUCUCACUACCUCUGCUUCAGAUGGCGCGAUAUCAACACAAGAUGAAGUGCCAAAGUCUGUCCUCGCCUCUGACGAGGCCCAUGGCAUUUCCGGGUUGUCUGUCGGACGU